AUGCCUUCAAUCGACGUCGCCAUGGCCCGGAGCCUCCGGGGGAGCAACUGGGAUAUUCUGAAGGAGACCGUCGCCCGGAGCUUUGCUGCUGAGCUGACGCGAAGGGGCGACAUUACGGACAAGGCCUCGGAUGUUGCGACGACCUUUUCAAGUUGGGAUAAUUGCAUGGCCCAGAACUACUGCAAGUGGCCCGUCAUUGCCGUCAUUGCCAUCGGCGGCCUCAUCAUCUUUAGUGUCGUGUGGUGUAUCAUUCGCUGCUGUUGCUGCGGCGUCUCGUGCUGCUGCAGCUGCUGUUACUGCCUCAAAUGCUGUGGCAACUGCUGCGGUUGUUGCGAUCCUCCCGGUGGCCACAAGCAAAAACACCUCGACGACCCGUACGCCCCGACUACGAAUCAUGCAUACCGGUCAGAGCCUCCCAUGCAGCCGUCAUUUCCUCAGGCAUCAGGUGCCCAGUCAUCAGGUAUUCAAUCAUCAGCUCCUCAGUUUGCUCCACAGACUCAACACUUGCGCAACGAACCGCCCCAAUACGCCGAAUUUGAGACGGGCAUCAAACAUGAAGGAGACGAUGCCCUCCCCGAAAUGCCAAGCUGGGAGGGAGCAGGAUCCAAGAAGAUUGCGCUCGAGAACGAUUACGAGAUGGACCAGCUCAAGAAGUCGCCUAUCCCGGACCAGAAUAGCACUUUCAUGAACAAUGGUACGCCGUCCACCAUGCCCCAGGGACGGAGCCCCUACGGCCAGCAACAGGGCAACCACAGCGAAUAUUUCAACCAGAAUGAUCAAUCCCCAGACCAUUACUCACCUAUCGACAAGGGCUACGGCUACAACUCCAGCCCUGGUGCUGGCUAUGGUCACGAUCAAUCGUACGCCGCGGGUGGUAUGGGAGCUCCUGUUAUGGGAGCUGCGGCCAUGGGACGAAACUCCCCGGCUCAGACCCGCAACGCAUACGGACAACCUCCUGUCGACCAGGCAUACGGCCAGUCUCACAAUGACUAUGGAAAUCAUGAUGAUUACUCAAAUGGAGCCCAAGGAUACGGAAUGAGGCACUCUCCUGCCCCAAGAGGAACUCCGGCUCCCCACAACGACUUCGACGGAUAUGGUAACCAGGUUCCCCAUUCGCGAUCUCCAGUUCACCAAAACACCUACGACGAGUACAACCAGCCCGCUCGCAGAACCCCGGCUCCCCACGAUGAGUACAACCAACCCGCUCGACGAACGCCAGCUCCUCAGGAGUACAACCAGCCCACUCGAAGAACCCCAGCUCCCCAAGACGACUUCGGCUAUGGUCAACCCGCCGCGUUCAACAACAACCAGCGCGCGUUCUCGCCUGCCCCUGAGCCUCACUGUGGCCCGAGGCCUGUCCCCCAGAGACAGUACCACCACCAGGACCCCCCUCAGUCACCCAUCAACAACAACUCGGGGUUUGACUUCAACUCCGGCUACGCACGACCUCAACAAUCGCCCACUCAGGAGUCGUACCCCGGGUACAAGGCAUACCAGCCCUAA